AUGCAGAUUAACAUAUCGAAUGCCUUCUUUUUUCUUCCUUUUGUUUAUUUAUUACUGUUUCUGAACGUUCAUGCAGCUCCACCAAAUGGAUCAUUUUAUUGGACUGAUCGAGAGAUUUUAUGCACUAAUUAUGAUAUUAAUCGUACUCGGUGUGUAUUGAAUCAUCCUCAAUUAGGACCUGAACAAAAUCCAGAAUGUUUCGACGAAGUCGAUGAAAACGGAGCUAAAUUGAAGACUUAUUGUGCAUUGGGAUGUGAAGAAUCGUUGGAAGCUCAACUGGUCAAAAAGAUCCCUUCUAACAGUCCAUCUUGUGUUCAACAUUAUACAUAUAACUUGGAAAGGAAAAGACAAGAUUGGUUUCUUUGGAGGAAUGGAACCUGUUUGGACUCUUCAAUUCGAUUUCAUUUAAUUUGUGGAACUCCGACCAAUCCAAAAGUAUUCUAUCGAGAAUAUGAGCAACUUUUCCUAUAUGAAGAUGCUGAAAAUUAA